GCGCUGCCGUCUUCGGGAAUGGAUUCCCUCCUUGAGCAGCUGCGUAGUGGUUCGCGAGACAAGUUCGUCGUCACGGCUGAUUGGUACCUGCGAGGACGCCUUUUUCCUGGCCGCUGCGUGGCUGAGGGAAUUACCCUGGGCGUCUCUGCGGCCGGCCCGAGAAGACCAAAGUGUCGCAGGGCCGAACGAAGAGGUAAUUCUCUUCCUGGACCUUGGCCCGUGCGACACGGACGCCGUCUGGGACGAUACGGAGCUGGAGAUCCCGCUCCCAGCAGCACCGGCAGCAGAGAUUUCCCUGCAAGGCUCUGCUACCGCCGUCCUGGUCCUCUUUGCCGCCAAAUGCGUCCGGCGGAAGUUUCGGGCUUGA